GUCAGAUACAACCGAACAGUCAAAGUUAAAGAACUUCACUUCAAUUCAAAAUGCGUGCAUUCAUUGUUAUGUGCUUAGUGGCAGUCGCCUGCGCCGAUAAGCUCGGCUACAACUACCAGCCGGUGGGUCACUCCGACAACGGACUGUCCUUCAGCCCUGGAAGCGGCAUUGAUGGUGGACACAUUGGUGGUGGCAACAUCGGAGGUGGCAACAUCGGAGGUGGCCACAUCAGUGGUGGCAACAUCGGUGGUGGCAACAUCGGUGGUGGUCACAUUGGUGGUGGCAACAUCGGUGGUGGUCACAUUGGUGGUGGCAACAUCGGUGGUGGCAACAUCGGUGGUGGUUCCGGUCUGGGCAACCUCGGUGGUCUGUCCGGUGGCCCACUGGAAGCUCCAGUCUCCUACAACGCCCCUGCCCCAGCUGCUGAAUUGGAAAAGGAAUUCUUCACCUUCACCGCCAACGAACAGGACUUCGAUGAGCCACAAUCUUUGGAGAAGGUGUCCAGCUCUUUGAACAAGGCUCUGCGCGUUGUCUUCAUCAAGGGACCCGAGAACCGUGGCUUGGAGAACGCUGCUCUGGCUCUGGCCAAACAGGCUGCCCAGCAGGAGACCGCCAUCUAUGUCCUGAACAAGCAGGCCGAUAUCGGAGAUCUGGCCAACAAACUGAACGCCAUCCGCAGCAACACCAACAACAAGCCCGAGGUGCACUUCGUCAAGUACCGCACUCCCGAGGAUGCUGCCAAUGCUCAGCGUGCCAUCCAAGGACAAUACGACUCUCUGGGCGGCUCCAGCCAGGCUCACAAUGGUGGAGUUGCACCCGUCCUGAACUUCGCUUCCCAAGGCCCAGUCCGUCAGGCCAACGCCAAGUCUCCCGAGAACGCUUACCUGCCCACCUCGAUCUUCCGUCGUGUCUAAAUAGCCAGUUAGAUAUAGAUCGUAUGAUUGAACCAAGCAGCGAUCUUUGACUGAAUUUUAAACAUAGUUAUUGUUGAAUAAUGCGUAAAUAAAUCCCAUUUCCUACCUAUUAA